AUGCUAUGGAAUUUGACUGAUCCAACUAAUGACCCCACUCGCUUUUCCAUCUUCUUGACUAAUUCCAAUGUUUCUGAUUUGAAACAAUAUGCCUUGAUCAAUAAUGCAAUAAGUGCAAACAAAAACGUUUCGUUGGAUGUCCCUGAUUUUGUAACCAGAGGCGUCAUUCCCGGUUACCAUCUCAUUUGUACCAACAUUUUCGAUAUCAAUGAUAUCUAUGCUGUGUCGGAAGCGUUUGAAAUCAGACCAAGUGGCUCUGUCAAAUCAGUAUAUACGCCGCCUCCUCCUCCUCCAUCACCAACUAACAACUCUACCAAUACUACAAGCGGUACCGAUGCUGGUUCUGGAAAUAAUAAGCCAAGUGGUUCGGAAGCAGUUGGUGUGAAGAUCUGUUCAAAAGUUUUGUUUGUUCUUGCGGUUGUGGUAGUCGUAAUGAUGUGA